CUGGUUGGGGGAUGAGAUGUGGAGCUGCGGCGGCGCUCCGCUCAGAGACACUGCUGCUGCUGCUGAUCAUCAUCACAGAUGCGUUGCAUAAGAUGCUCAGCUAGAUAACGCGAGCAUCCUCCGUAAAGAACCCGCCAGACAGCUCUCUCGCGCGCAUGAGGAUGAUCUUAACUUCAUUUAUUUCCUGGAAUUAUUCUGUAUUUUGUUGCGAAUUUCGCGGGUUAAGUAUUUCAGCGUUAUUAACUCGAGCUUACAUAGGAAUUGUUUAUCUAUGAUGGGGGUUUAUGGCGAAUGGCGGCUGGAUGACCAUCCAUUCAAAUAAGCGAGCUAACCUGGCUAUCUGACCUCUCUUAGGUAUCGAUAGCUAAACAGAGAGCACUAGAUAAGGCAACUUGGCGAUUUUGUAUGUUAGCAAGCUAAACCUAGCUGCCAGUGUUUAUGUGAUUAAAUAAAAACUGUAUUUUGUUGUUGUUGUAGUUAAUAUCACACUGCGCACGUAGCAAGUGAGUCCUGUCGAGUGCUGUGUUUAGACUGGUGAUAAUCUGCUGUUUUAAUUAGUAAUGCCUCAGUUGUAAUACAGCGUAGAUUUAACGAUUUUUAUUUAUCUGAUUUUUAUGGUAAAACAAUGGUAAGAUUUAUUACCGACGAAAAUAAAAAAGGCUUCUGUAAACGUGGAUAGAUUAAAUCCAGUGAAAUCUGAUACACCUGGAUGUGAGUGGGUCACGUUCAUGCUGUUAAACUAAAGCUGGAGAUAAUAAUAUUAAUCUCUCUUUGGUGCUGUAAUUCCAUAUCUCUACUCUUGAGUGGAUAGCUGGAUUAAAAAAAAACUGGGAUAUAAUCUGUCAGUAAUUGAACCAUAGUAUUUUGAGUGAUAGCCUAGCUAUGUUUUGUAGUGGUCUUUACUCAAACCUGUUGUUUCACUGGUAUUGUUGAGCACAGUGAAAUUAAACUACUGUUUCAAGAACAGCAUUUCCCAUGAAUAACAGAAUAACUAAUUUAAUUUGUAACUUUGUCAUUUAAUAACGUAACUUAGUCUUUUCUCAAAUAGAAAUAGAUUGAUUUCAUAAAACAACCUUUAAAGUAGACACUAUUAUGAUAAACUAAUAAAAAAAAACUGAAUAGUAGUUUAUUUAGUGUUUUAUUGUAUAGUUUUUAAGAGCAAACCUCUAAAACUCAGCAAUGUUGGCCCGGAAAGGCCUCCUGCCUGAUGGAUUUCUGCUGACAAGACUGGCUGAAGAUGCCACACAGCCCAACCGUUUCCGGACCAAAUCGCAGCGAGCUCGCUUCAUCACCAAGAGCGGAUCCUGCAAUGUUGCUCAUAAGAACAUACGAGAACAGGGUCGGUUCCUCCAGGAUGUUUUCACCACAAUGGUCGACCUCAAGUGGCAGCAUUCGCUGCUCAUCUUCACCUCAGCAUUUCUCUGUUCCUGGAUGCUCUUUGCCAUGGUGUGGUGGCUCCUGGCAUUUGCCCACGGUGACCUGGAGCCACGUGACCCCCAUGAUCGUGGGCAUGUUCCAUGUGUCACUGCCAUUCACUCUUUUACCUCAGCAUUCCUCUUCUCGAUCGAAGUCCAGGUGACCAUCGGUUUCGGUGGGAGGAUGGUGACUGAGGAGUGCCCACUGGCCAUUACCGUUCUGAUCAUCCAGAACAUUCUGGGACUCAUCAUCAAUGCAGUUAUGCUGGGCUGUGUGUUCAUGAAGACAGCUCAGGCUAAUCGACGAGCAGAGACACUCAUCUUCUCUCGCAAUGCUGUCAUCGCACCACGCAAUGGCAGGCCCACGUUCAUGUUCCGUGUUGGAGACUUGAGGAAGAGCAUGAUAAUUUCUGCUACCAUUCAGCUGCAGGUCAUUCGGAGGACAGUAACAGCAGAAGGGGAGGUGAUUCCAGUCUGCCAGCUGGACAUCCAGGUGGAAAACCCCCUCAGGAGCAAUGGCAUCUUCCUGGUCUCACCACUGAUCAUUAGUCACACUAUUGAGAGAGGAAGCCCACUUUAUGAGGUCUCUGCCCAGUCACUGCCCAAUGAGGACCUAGAAAUCAUUGUAAUUCUGGAAGGCGUUGUGGAGACGACUGGCAUCACCAUGCAGGCACGCACAUCUUACACGCCAGAUGAGAUCCUGUGGGGGCGGCGCUUUGUCUCCAUCAUGACUGAGGAGGACGGACGCUACUCGGUGGAUUACUCAAAAUUUGGCAACACUGUGCCUGUCCGAAUGCCCGCCCUCAGCGCCAAGGAGCUGGACCAGACCAGAGGAGUGCAGGACAAUGGCCCACACGAGGGCAAGCCACAGGGCUGGGGGCUGGUUCGUGCUGGACGGGGCGGGUACAGAAGGGGUGGAGGCCGGGCCUGUGAUGACAAUGCAGCCAGGCCAUGGUACGCUCCAGCCGAAAAGGAGGACGAUGAGAAAGGGAAAGAAAAGAAGGGGCAAAAGAAGAUGGUGAAACUAGAGGUGAUAGGGAGAGAGAUUGAGGAGGAAGCCACAGAGGAUAUGAGUGAUUAAAAAUAUAGCUGAUAUACUGUACCCUGGUUACUGCUGUGGAAAUAACAGUGUAGCUACAGAGUGCUUUUAAUGCUGUUGAGAUUUUUUUUAAACAAUGCAACAUUGUGGUGUUUUUAAUUUGAGAUAAAUGGGAAGCUGCUUUAAUUUUUAAUGAACUUUUUUAAAAAUGAAUUUUAAUGAAUCUUUCCUUUAUAUAUCUGCACUUUACUAAAUACUUGGUUCUCCUUUUCUAAAGAACAGUGCAACACUCUGUUGCAUUUGUAGUGUUGGCAUUCAUGGACAAUAACAUUCCUCCCCUUCUUAAAGAACUCCUUUAUAUUUCGGAGCCAGUAGACAGGUGCUCAACUUUUAUUCCAAGUGUUUCUGUUUUUUUCUUUUCCAUAAUACGUACAUGUACAUGUAUUCAAACUACUGUGUAUGUAAAUCAAAUGUUUGCUACUGAUGCAGAAUAUAGAUAUUUGGUUAAAAAGUCUGUACCUUUCCCUCAAGGCUUGUUGCUUUAUGUAAAAUGGCACGUUUUAUGGGGAAAAAAAACAUUCUUAACCCACAUUGGAAUUCAUUGUACAACUUUUUUUGAGCAUUAUAUUAUUUUAUUCAUUAUGAAAUAUUAACAUAAUAUUAAGAAGAACUUUAAGACUUAAUGUCAAACUCAGAAGUGAGAGACAUUUGAAAAAUAGAGAGUUUUUUUUACAGACAAUUAUGACAAUAUACAUGCAUAAGGCAGCUGUACAUGGUCUACAAGACCCACAGACCAACAGACCUGUUUUUAAAAUUCCUGUUAUUGUUUUAAUCCUGUUUUUUCUUUUCGUUUAUUGCUGUUGUAGUGGGUGCCAGUUGUUUUCUGUUUUCCUCUUUUAUGAAUUAAUGUAACUGUUUUAGAAUACUGAAUUGUUUGUCUAGUCAGUGUGUUUUUUAUUUUGCUGUGUGAUGUGUAAUUGUGUACGUUAAGCACUGAAUAUAAGAAUUUAGUCACUUGUUCACAUUCCGUGUUUCCUCAUUGUGAUUAUUCUGAAGCUAUUGUAACUGUUGUGUGGACCACAUUCUUUACACAGUUGAUUGUAUGUAAUUCUGAAUUUAUUUAUUUGGGUAUUCAUAUAAAUAUUUAAUAAAUUAUUUUUUAUCUGA